GACAUCAUAUCCGGUAAGAUUGCAACUCUCCAAACGGAAUUUGCACAGUGCACUCAUAGCUAUGAAUUUUCGCCAACUUUUGCCGACACAAUGCUUCAGGAAAAGUGUUUACCAUUCACGCAUUUUGCGCCCUGCAUGCCGAGCAGAGGUAGCUAUUCUGAAAAUAAACAGACACGUAUGCAUAUCAAACACAAAAAAUGACGAGGUGCGUCUUGCUGAAGAAGCAAGCAAGAAAUAUGGAUCUCCAGCACCAACUAUCUUUUCCAGAGUGAUUGACAAAACUAUUCCUGCAGAUAUCAUUUAUGAAGAUGAUAAGUGUUUAGCUUUCAGAGAUAUCAGUCCACAAGCCCCUGUGCACUUCCUGGUUAUUCCAAGGGACCCUAUCCCCAAAAUCAGUGAAGUUAAAGAUGAUGAUGCUGAGCUGUUAGGUCACCUCCUAGUGGUUGCAAAAAAUGUGGCGAAGAAAGAGGCAUUGCACGAAGGUUACAGAAUGGUGAUCAACGAUGGGAAGCAUGGUGCCCAGUCUGUAUACCACCUUCACAUCCACGUCCUGGGAGGCAGACAGCUGAACUGGCCUCCAGGUUAACAGGACUUCCUGUCUUAGAGGGGUUAGUUUCAUGUUAACCUUAAAGAGCAACUGCCCCGAAAAAACAACUUCUCAUUUAGAAAACUCGCUAUUAGUCGGCAACAUUAUUCUACUGUCAAAAUUGACUACAAUGUGUAAAUUUGAUCAUUGUGUUCAUAAAGUCUGUUUUGUCCAAAAAUAGUUUUGUGACACUUGUGGUCAGGACUGCAUCACAAUGUAUAUUAAGGUAGGGUUUGUUUCAACCCUGCCCAAAUUCCCACAUCUGGCAGCACCCAUUAAGUAAUCAUGGGGCUAGUUACGGACCAUCAGUAAAUUACACAAUGUACAUGGGACAAUAUGUUACAAUUCCAAUAGCUCCAAAUGUCAAUGACUUAACCUCAAACCAACUAUAAAUUGUAGAAAUUCAUAUAAAUAUUGAAAGCAUUUAAUGAGAACUUAAAGGUGUGCAACAUGAAAAUAUUGUAAUUUACAUUGUGUAAUUUAUUGAUGGUCGCUAACUAUCCCCGGAGAUAUGUUAUCCAAAGUCGAGCUAACUUUGCCACAGUUGCACACCAGCUGGCUUAUUGGUGUUUUUUUAAGAUAAUUGGCAAAAUAAUUUGGCUACCUCUUCCCACCUGCAAACACAAACAAGAGACACCCACAAUAAAACCACACCUGAAACCAACUCAUGUUUGAAUUCAGUCAUGGCAACUAGCAUUUCUUAAUGAACCAAAUUUAAAUUGAGGCCAAAUCAGGAAGUGCAGUGGCCCUUUAACUUUAUUUUCAUACAAAUAUAAUGAAGCUCUUGAGUCUGACUAUUUGAUUUUUUCCAAAGUUAAAUAUUUUCAUCCUAUUUAACUAUUAUGUAAUUAACUAUUGUGUAAUGUGAUAUGUUGAUUGAUGUACUUGUACAGUUUUCCUGUAUAUACAAAUAUGGAAUAAAACAAAGUUGUGUGAAUGAUUUAAACAA